AUGCAGUCUUUAUCAAGCAUGUGUAAGAAGCUUGGAAGAUCAAGCAGGUUAUUUGUAGAACUAGCUCCUUCUAUAAGUUUCUCUACUUCAUGUUACUUUUGUAGUCAGAAGAAAAAAAAUAACUCAUAUCAAGAGGUCAACCAAAACAGAUAUUCUAAUUUAAUACAUUCUAUCGUGUCAACCAGAAUUAGUUCUCAGACACCAGAAUCAUUAUUGCAAGAAGAUGAGUUAUUAUAUGGACCUGUGAGUAAAUGUAAGACCCAAGAGCAAGGAUCAGGACCAAAAGUUGCACAAAAUACAAUCCUUCUCCUCAAUCCAGAAAAAAGAAAUGGAUCAAACACUAUAACUGACUCGAUUCCUUUGAAAAUACCUCUGCAAAAGAAUAAAAUUCCUAGUGUUACUCGAAUCCUUCAGCAGACCAUGACAGAAAAACAAAUCUUAAUCCUAGAGAGGUGGAAACAUCGAAUGAUACUGGAGCUGGGAGAAGAUGGCUUUGCAAAAUAUACUUCAGACAUCUUUUUGCAAGGGAAACACUUCCAUGAAGUAUUAGAAGCUAUGCUUUCAUCCCCAGAGCAGUUAAAAGAAUUAGAUGAAAAAACUAUUAGUUCUGGCUAUGUAGCAAGUGUCCAGCAUGUUCUAAAAGACAUCAGUGGAGUAAGAGCUCUAGAAAGUGCAGUUCAUCAUGAGACUCUUAAGUACCUGGGCCUAAUGGACUGUGUAGCUGAAUAUCGGGGUAAGCUGUGUGUGAUUGAUUGGAAGACUUCAGAGAAACCAAAACCAUUUAUCCGGAACACAUUUGACAACCCUUUACAAGUGGUAGCAUAUGUUGGAGCCAUAAACCACGAUGCCAACUAUAACUUUGAGGUUCAGUGUGGUUUAAUUGUGGUGGCUUACAAGGAUGGAUCCCCUGCUCACACACAUUUCAUGGACUCAGACCUCUGUUCUCAAUACUGGUCCAAGUGGUUACUUCGACUAGAAAAAUAUACAGAAAAAGAAAAGAACCAAACUACUGAGAACCCAAAAUAGGAUAUAGGAUACCAUACACAGCCAAUUUACCCUUUCUCACAGUUUAGGAAAAAAGAUUAGUUAAUCCUUCAGUAAGUCCAUGAUCUCAUUGAAAGAGGUACUCCCUUCGCCUCAUUCACCUUUUGCUAUCUAAUGAAAUCUAAAAGAAGCGAUGUUUAAGUGUUGAAUUUUUUUUUUAAUGUGAAUAAUGGCUACCACAUUAUGACCAGCAAAGGGAUCAUUGAUUUUUAGUUGUGAAAACAUGGACACUCCAGUGUAAAGGUUAAAAUUAAUGGUUGGAUAAUGAUUAUAUGAAAUUAUUUGGUCACCAGUAUU